AUGUUGGUUGUGCUCUUCACUCUGAAGGGUGCUGGCAAUGACGCGCUCAUAGAAACAGACUCAAACAGAUUUGAGGUUUUGAAACACAGAGGAGAUAAGGGAAGAGGUCAGACCACGUCUACAAUGAACACAGAAGGACGAGAGCUUACAGUCCUAUCCAACUUUCUCACCAAACUUGGACUGGAGAAAUUUUAUCCCAACAAGCUCACUCUUCGGUCUCUUUUGGAGAUCAACAAAAGCAGCAUAUAUGAAGAAGCUGUUUUAUCAGCUGAGGAAAUACCAUGGUGUUUUCUAAGAAAACUGUUUAAAAUCAAUGCUGAAUGCAGGAGCUGUGCACAAUUAUCAAUCAGUCAUGAGGAAAACGAUGAUCUCCUUGACCUAGACCUUUACACUGCAGAUGACUCUGCAGGGGAUAAUAAGGUUAACCCUCUCGACAUCGUAGUAGCUCUCUUCCUUUGUGCUGACAGCUUCUUACAACAGGAAAUGGCCCUCAAGAUGUCGAUGUGCCAGUUUUCUCUCCCACUGCUGUUGCCCCAUGGCAAUAAGAGUCAGUGUACCCUGCUGCUGUGGGCCCUGAGAGACAUUGUCAAAGAGUGGUGUCCGCAUGGUUUGUCUGAAUCAAGAGGGUUUGUUGAAGACAACAUUGUCCAAGCAAAUAUACCGUUCUAUUCCUUUGUCAGGCUGAAAAACUGUAGUUUAUCAAAGUCCCAGCUUUUGAAUCAUGUGCUGAGCAGUGGGCAACAGAAUCACAAUAUCUUCAUACACAGAGAUGUGGAAGGAGGAGCAGUUAAAAGAGAAAUUGCAAAUGGACUAGUGGAGGUUUGCUGGUUCCUUCCCUCUGGCAGAGAAAAUUUUGACACAUUUCCAGAGCCAGUUGCCUUCGCGAAUUUGCGAGGAGACAUUUGUGCGUCACUCACUCAAUUCAACUUUCUUUUUCAAGUAUCAACUGCUACCUUUGUAUUCCUGGACAAAGUUGAAGAAAAUGAGCACAGAAUUCUGGCUUCUCUACAAGAUGUGAAAUCCAAACUCUUUUUAGUUGUUAAUCGCAAGGCAGGGAAUAUUAGCGAAGAUGUGAUGUCUGUGAAGACAUUGGUGGAAGAACUAGAUUUAACAAACAGCAGAUUGAAGAUCAAAGACCCAAGGUUAAAUGUUGCAGAAUUUUCAAAGAAACUUUGUGAAACCAUCAAGACAUCCCUGUUAGAUGUAAAAACCACAAUGAGCAUAGUAAAUAUGCUUGACAAAGCUGUUGAACUUGGUUUGUCUGUGGAUGAAAGCAAAACUGAUGAACAGAAGAAAGCAGCUGAGGAGAUCAUGGACGGCAUUGGGGUACGAAGUAUACCACACUACAAGAAACAACAACUUCCUAUGCAAGGAGAGAACUGGAAAAGGUUAUCACAGUUGGAAAAAGAAGAAUGUAGAUUGAAGAAAUCUGGUGACUCAGGCCUUGAAGAGUAUAAAUCUCAGCUACAGGAAGAAAAACGACAAAUCAGGGAGGAGCAAAGAAAAUACAAACUGACCAAAGCAAUAAAGGGUUUUACUGAGUACUUAUCUACAAGUGACAAAGAAAAAAGAGAUGUUUUUCUUAAGUGGAUGAAACUCAAGUUUAAUACACAUUCACGGAACAAGCUGUCUGUAUUACGUAACAAAUUAAAAGAGCAAUGCAAGAAAAAAGACGUGAAACUCAUAGCAGAGUUGGAUCAAGCACUGCUGGAUAGCUCUUUAGGAAUAGAGCAUUACAUGAGAGAGAUGGGACUGAUCUAUGAGUUCUCCAUUAUCAGCUCAACAAAAGCUGCUAAUGACAUGUCUCAUCUCCCUGGUUUGGCUGCUGAACUGCUGUUGGAUGGAUAUCCUUUAGAGCUCUUGGAUGGAGAUGCUUCCAACAUCCCAGAGAGGUGGGUUACAGAUGUGCUGAUGGAGCUUCACAAGAAGGUUGGAGGGAACAGCAGAUUGUUGGUACUGACUGUCUUGGGUGUUCAAAGCACCGGGAAGUCAACGCUCCUCAACACCAUGUUUGGUGUGCAGUUCCCUGUCAGCAGCGGCAGAUGCACGAGAGGAGCUUUCAUGCUCUUCCUCAAAGUUAGUGAGGAUAUGCAAAGUGACUUUAACUUUGACUUUAUAGUUCUCAUUGACACAGAGGGUCUAAAGUCUCCUGAUUUGGCACAACUAGAGGACAGUUACGAGCACGACAAUCAGCUUGCCACCCUUGUCAUUGGCUUAAGCGAUGUCACCAUUAUCAACAUCGCAAUGGAGAACUCAACAGAAAUGAAAGACGUCCUGCAAGUCACAGCUCAUGCAUUCUUGAGGAUGAAAGAAAUUGGAAAAAAGCCAGUUUGUCAUUUUGUACACCAAAAUGUUGCUGCAGUUUCGGCUCAUAGCAAGAACAUGACAGAAAGAAAACAUCUCUUGGACCAACUCAAUGAAAUGACUCAAAUUGCAGCCCAAAUGGAAAGGCAGCCUUCUAUUAAAGCAUUCACAGAUGUGCUGGACUAUGACAUGGAUAAAAACAACUGGAACAUCCCAGGACUCUGGCAUGGGACCCCACCAAUGGCACCGGUGAACACAGGUUACAGUGAAGCAGUAGCAGAUUUCAAGAAAAAUCUUUUGGACACAGUAAGAAGUGACAGACGCAAUGAAGUCUCACAGAUCCCAGAGUUUCUGGAAUGGAUGAGAAGUCUCUGGAGAGCAGUGAAAUACGAGAACUUCAUCUUUAGUUUCAGAAACACUCUUGUGGCUCAUGCCUAUGACAACCUCUGCAAAGAGUUCAAUCAAUGGGAAUGGGAGUUCAGAAAAGAGAUUCUCUCUUGGCAGACAGAAGCAGAGUUAGAAAUCUUAAACGCUGACAAUGAAUCUGAAGUAGGAACUUGGAACACACUGAUUGUAACAAAAAAAUCAGAGGUGUCAGACAAAAUAACAGACCAAGAAAAAAUCAUGAAAGACAAGCUCUGCGACUACUACAAAAUGAAAGGCCGACGUGUAAACCUGAUAGAGAGAUACAGAGUUGACUUUUUCAACAGUAUCAACAGCCUUGCAAAUGAAAUCCAUCAUUCUGUGAGUUCUAAACUGGAUUGCAUCCUUGAACUAAAAAUUAGUUCAAAAAAGGCUCAGGAUGUUCAGAGAGAAUACAGAGGUGUGAUUGAAGAGCGGGUCAUGAAGCUCCUAGGUGUCUGCGAAGAGUCCACACUGACCGAUGAACAGCUGACGGAUGAAUUUGAAAAGAUGUGGGCAGAAGCCACCGUAAAUGUGUAUGGCCUGAAGGAGCGAGAUAUUGCAGCAUGUGUCCUGAAGCAGUUGAGAAAAAAUUUCUCAAAUCUAAAUGUCAAUGAGAAAUUGCAGAAAAUUAGAGACCUAAAGGAAAUCGGUAGGGGUACAUUUAAAGCUAGAAGUGAUCAUGUAGACUCCUUUGUAGAGAAGUUUCAACAUCUGUGGAGAGGACAUUUGCAGAGCUUUGCAGACAGUGUCAUUGAGUCUUGUACAUGGUUUGUACUUGAUAAAGUAAAGACAAAUGGAGACUACCAAGACUCUUUCACAAAGGAUCUUCUGGAAAAAAUUGAUACAUUCCUUAAACAAAGUUACAACCAACACAAAACAAAUACACAGUUUGAGAUUGAUCUGAAACUUCACAUUUGUGGCAUUGCCUCAAGGGAAUUUCUCAAAAUGCACAAAAAAUUCUUGUCAGAUAAUGACCCUCGAGCUCAGCUGGAGAGGUACAAGUUUCAAUACCUUUCAGAUUUUCUUGAUUUAUACAAAAACCAAGAUCACUGCCAACGCAAAGCAAGUGAUUUUGUCCAGCUUUGUAUCAAACCUGCGGUGAAACAGUACAUCUGUCGAUCUUUGGGAGUAGACAUUGUGGAUGAAAUUUUGACAAGCUGCCAUUCAGCAGAGUAUAGUUCUCGCUUAUUCUUCCAGUACAACAUUCAGAAAGAGUUGCUGCAAAAGGAAAACUUUAAAAGUUUUGUCAAGUACAUUCGCAACUAUGAAAUAUAUGUUAAGGAUUGGAUAUUUCAGCGCAUUCUGCAGAAGAUUUCAGAGGACAAGACUCUGUGCAAAAUAAAGAAUAGGAAUCUGCAGGUCAUAAUUCACAAAAUCAUGGAGGCAUUAAAAGAGGCCGCAAAAGAGAAGGAUGGCGCUCUGCUGCCAGAUAACAAGGAAAGCAUCACAGAGCUCAUUAGCAACAUGCGCAGGCAUUUGAUUAAAGACAUCUCAAUCUCAGUGGAGGCUGAAAAAAGCACCUUGUUUCAAAUCCAAAGCACAUGUCACCCGUUCAUCAACAGCCUCAAGAUCUCAAUAAAAGGCCUAAAAGAACAACUUGAGGAGGAAUUCUCAAACUCUGAAGACAUCACGGAGACUCUGAACAAGCUUCCAAUAAAACCACAGGAUGAGCUUUUCAAGAGGGUGUUUGGCUGUGGAAAGCAAUGUCCAUUUUGUAAAGUUCCUUGUGAGGCCGGAGGCAAAGAACACAAGCAACAUCAUGCAGCUAUUCAUCGGCCACAAGGUCUUGCUAAUUUCAUUCAUGAUGACAACUGCAAGCUGGUUGAAACACUGUGUACCACUGAUGUGCACAGUGAUCGUGAAUUCAGAAACAAAGUUACUAAAAGGGAGUGGCAUCCUUACAAGGACUACACCACGUACUAUCCAGACUGGAACAUUCCUCCGGAUCCGACCAUAGAAGCAUCUGACUACUGGAAGUACAUCCUGGUACAGUACAAUGAUAGAUUUGCUCGAGAAUACGAAGCCAAGCCAGCUGAUGUUCCAGAGGCCUGGAGGAGAAUCACAAAGGAGCAAGCACUGAAAGGUUUAAAAGAUGCCUUCAACAUAAAGUGA